CUCGAGACGACAUGGCGCAAUGACUCUCCGCUGAUCGGGGAGUCGGGAGGGGGCUGGCCCCCGGGCCACCCUCUUCCGCUCCCCCAAUGGGACGACCCCGGAUGGGGCCCUUCUCCGACCCCGGAGCACCCCGUUGAGGGGCGCGCCGGGCGGGGGCCCGGGCAGGUGCUCGGGACGGGGCCUACCGGCCGGGGGAGACCGCCGGUGCGCGUGGCGAACGUCGUGGACUAUGAGGACCUGGCGGCGCGCGUCGAGCACACCACCCAGCAGCUGCUGCGCGACCACAACUACAACACCGUGGGCAACUUCCUCAGGUUCUACUCGGCGUACUCGCAGCGCAAGGACCGCGACGUGAACCGCCUGUUCCGCGAGUACCGGCCGCCCAUCACCGCGGCUCACCACACCUGCGUGGGGCUGGGCCUCACCCUGGUGCGCCAGCUUGGCGCACUCGGCCGCGCCGGGCUGCGCGACGCCCUGCACCUCGUGUCCUGCGAGGAGGCCAUCGAGAACCCGGCCGCCUACCUGAGCGCCGCGCCCGACGCGAGCACGGCUGAGAAGGAGCACGUCCUGGUGUCGGCCCGCCUGGACAUCGGAGGCCGAAAGGGCGUGCUGCUCCUCGACCCGGGCUACCAUGUCGCCCGGGUGGUCACUGUCAUGGAGGACGGAAUGUACCCGCACACCGGAUGGUUCACGCAGUCCGACGAGCCGGAGGUGCGCCGUGAGUACAUGUACACGCUCUCGCCCGACGGCAAGUACGUCCUGUGGACGGUGCGGGAGACGCGCGGCGAGCGUCAGAGCGUGUCCGUCAACCUGGUGUACAUCGAGCGCGCGUACUUGUCCGCCGUAGACGUGACCGAGCGCAGAAACAUCGCCUACAACUUCCGCAGCCUGCUGGCGAGGAACACCAAGGGCCAGCUCACGGCGGGCGUGUACUUCCCUCUGGCGAUCGUGACUGCCGAGGACGGCCCUGCUUGCACCAUCUUCUACACCGAGGUGAAGGAAGGGGCCAGCCUCAAGCGCAGGGUCAAGAUUCCUUUCCGUCAUCUGCUUGACCAAACGCAGGAACUGAGUGUCGAACAAGAGCUGGCGCUCAUUUUAUGCAGCCAACAGCUCGGGAUGCAUGAUGAUCAACUUGAACAAGUCCUGACAAAGGUUGCCUCCGUAAUGGCUGAUACUACAUUCAUGAAGCAAAUCUUAGACAUAAACAACGCCAUUGAAGAAAUGUCUGAAGAAAACUAGGGCACAAAAAAAUGGAAUUGGGGCAUAAGUAUUUUAACACGGGUUUAUAUGGUUCAAGUAUCCUGGUAACUAGAAAUAAUAUGAGCACAGUGAACGGUAGUCACUUAUCUUUCCAUUCCUUGGGGUAUUUUUAAUUUAUUUGCUUAUUUUCAUUAUUACACUUAGUGGCAAAGAGGUACCAAAGCAUUGAGUGAGAUUAUUAUACUUGUUUUAUAUUUUGCUUGUGGAGCACAAUUUGUAUCUGUUCUUAUUUUAAACUGCUUCUAAUAUGCUUUGCAAUCUCUAUUUUGAUCAGAAAUGAAAAGCAUCACAUGAGAUAUGCUGUUUUUCCAUGAUGUAAUAAAAAAAAAUAUCAGUACAGAA